AUUUUGGCUUUGGCUUUGGCUUAGAAAAGGAAAUACUUUGCUUAGUUUUUUCGUUCGUUUGUUAAGUUUUCCUCUGGUAUAAGUCUAAUGUCAGUUUCUUAUUAUGAUUAUGAAAUGGUCAUAUUCAUGUUAGGGCAGCAUAAGAAACUAUUACCUAUGUAGAAAGGAAAAAACAGACAUGGUCAAGGCACUGAUCAUCUUUAUGCGUUGUAUUUUUUGCUUGGAUAAACAGGUAGUCUCCUAGUUCAUUUUUGAGUGCAGAAGCAUGGUGUAUUUGAAACCGACCUGGUUCUAACCAAGGAUUCAAAGUUUGGAUCUUUGUGUAGGUUGAGUUACUUGAUGACAUUGCUUGUUUGUGCUGUCAUAUGGCCUUUAUUUCGUGUAUGAGUGAACAAAUCUAAUACCGUAAAAUGAGCGAACAAAUCAAAUAUGGCCUUUAUGUCAGUUUUGGCUGUUAGGCUGGCUUUGCAUGUUAUUUUCCUAUAUAAACAGAUUCAGACAGGGCUGCGGUCCAUUUAAUUAUGCAGUGGACUAUCUAGUAGCAUUUUAGAAUGUUUGAUAAUGUGUUAACUAGGGGCAUCUUGUUCAAUCUUCUGCAACCUUUUUCUUGUCCCAUUCUUUAGCAUUCACAUUUGUAGGAAAGGCUCUCGCAGAUAAAAAGAUUAGUGAAUUGUGAACAACCAAAAUGUGUUCUUAUAUGUAAUUGUUGCAGGUUGGCAUUUAGUUUUGCUGAUUUACGAUUGAUAUGUUUGCAUUCAUUUUUCUUCCAUAGGUACUAAAGCUUGGGCUACUUUUGAUAGUGAAGACAGUUCCAUUUUGCUGAUCAACCAAGAAGCUUCUCCCAUAACUGAAAUAGGCGUCAUUCUAAGAUGGCAAAAGAAUCAGCCGUUUGGAAUGAGGGUUUAGUAGAUCUUUUUUGUGACCUAUGUAUGAAGGAGGUGGAUAAUGAUAAUCGUCCACACACUCAUUUUAAUCCGGAGGGAUGGGCGAAUAUAAUCAGUAAUUUUUCUAAAGAAACGGGAAAGGAAUAUACCAAAAAACAACUGAAAAAUAAAUGGGAUUCCCUUAAAGAACAUUGGAAAUUAUGGAAAGAAUUGAAGGGGAAAGAGACCGGUCUUGGGUGGGAUCACAAGAAACGGACUAUUGAUGCAUCCGAGGAGUGGUGGCAUGGCAAACUUGAGAAAAACAAGGAAUAUGCAAAGUUCAGGAAAAAGGGGAUUACACCUGAGUUUGAAGUCAAGUUGGAUAAGAUGUUCAUGGGUAUUGCAGCCACCGGUGUGCAUGCAUAUGCACCAUCUUCUUCACUACCCAUUCCUAGAAGUCCAGAGCAAGCUGGCAACCGUGAAGGUAGUGGUGACUCUGAGGACAAUGAUCAACCCAAAACCACUCUGCCUAAAAGAAAAAGAAAUGAGAGAGCUGAGAAAGGUAAAGGAGAAAUACCAAAAAAGGAAAAGGUGGGAGGUGCUGCUCAUUUGGCUAAACAAAUUGACCGAAUGUGUGAGUCAAUUGAGAGUAGAAGUACAACAACUUCAAUGAUCAAUACAAGUGUGCAGGAAGGUGGAGGGACUAGUAUUAAGGAAGUGAUGAAGGAUGUCACUUCAUUGCCUGGAGCUGAGCAGGGUAGUAGGUUGUGGUUUUUUGCCACCCGGUUGUUUUUAAGUUCAGAGAAGAGAGAGAUGUAUUGCACCAUGGAAGAUGUUGGAGUGGCUGAAAUUUGAGAUGAAUGAAAAAUAGAAUUAGGUUAUGUUUGAGAUUUUAUGUUUGUGUUUCUUUCAGCAUGGUUUUAUUACGAGAAUUUGAAGUUUACCUUAUGUUUUUCAGCAUGUGGAUAUUCAUUGGAUAUUUUUAUUAUCUAAACCUUAUGAUACUACUUA